CGCCACUCUGCGCGCCGGCGGGGGCUGCGCAGGAGGAGCGCUCCGCCCGGCUACAACGCUCCGCGAGCCGGCGCGGCAACACCUGUUCGCGGCAGCCUGGGCGGCACGCGAGCUCCCGGACGCGGCUCUCCUCGCUCGCCGCUCGCCACCCGUUCUAAGCCAAUGGACAUCUGCCGAGCCUCUGGAGAAUCCUGGAUACUAGCUUUGGACGCCUAAAGUUUCUUCUUCUUUUUGUUUUAUUAUUAUUAUUAUCAUUUUUUGGAGGGGGGACCGGGAGGGGAGAUUUGUCGCCGUCACCAACGUGAGAUUUUUUUUUCCCCUUGAAGGAUUCAUGCUGAUGUCUGCAGAGUCGGUUAGAGAGUAAAAACAGCGCAUGCCUUCCUGGAGUCAGGAUCCGUAAAUUCUGACGUAGCCCGUGCAUCUUAAAAAUCCCUAUAAUAACGCCUAGGCAUUUAAGUUGCUAUGGUCAUUCUGAUCUCAAACCAAAUGGAGAAACUACGGAUUUUUUUUCCUUAUUACGGUCGGAUGGGAUGAAGACCUUCCUGCCUGCUAAGAGCUGGGGAUCUAUCUAUAGAGAUACAUAGAUAUGUUUAUCAGUAUGUCAGUGUGUGAGUAUAAAGUGGUGGUUUCUUAGACUAUCAGUGGUUUGACCUUGAACCUGUGCCAGUGAAACAGCAGAUUACUUUUAUUUAUGCAUUUAAUGGAUUGAAGAAAAGAACCUUUUUUCUUCUCUCUCUCUGCAACUGCAGUAAGGGAGGGGAGUUGGAUAUACCUCGCCUAAUAUCUCCUGGGUUGACACCAUCAUUAUUGUUUAUUCUUGUGCUCCAAAAGCCGAGUCCUCUGAUGGCUCCCUUAGGUGAAGUUGGGAACUAUUUCGGUGUGCAGGAUGCGGUACCGUUUGGGAAUGUGCCCGUGUUGCCGGUGGACAGCCCGGUUUUGUUAAGUGACCACCUGGGUCAGUCCGAAGCAGGGGGUCUCCCCAGGGGACCCGCAGUCACGGACUUGGAUCAUUUAAAGGGGAUUCUCAGGCGGAGGCAGCUAUACUGCAGGACUGGAUUUCACUUAGAAAUCUUCCCCAAUGGUACUAUCCAGGGAACCAGGAAAGACCACAGCCGAUUUGGCAUUCUGGAAUUUAUCAGUAUAGCAGUGGGCCUGGUCAGCAUUCGAGGCGUGGACAGCGGACUCUACCUCGGGAUGAAUGAGAAGGGGGAGCUAUAUGGAUCAGAAAAACUAACCCAAGAGUGUGUAUUCAGAGAACAGUUCGAAGAAAACUGGUAUAAUACGUACUCAUCAAACCUAUAUAAGCACGUGGACACUGGAAGGCGAUACUAUGUUGCAUUAAAUAAAGAUGGGACUCCGAGAGAAGGGACUAGGACUAAACGGCACCAGAAAUUCACACAUUUUUUACCUAGACCAGUGGACCCCGACAAAGUACCUGAACUGUAUAAGGAUAUUCUAAGCCAAAGUUGACAAAGACAAUUUCUUCACUUGAGCCCUUAAAAAAGUAACCACUAUAAAGGUUUCACGCGGUGGGUUCUUAUUGAUUAGCUGUGUCAUCACAUCAGCUCCACUGUUGCCAAACUUUGUCGCAUGCAUAAUGUAUGAUGGAGGCUUGGAUGGGAAUAUGCUGAUUUUGUUCUACACUUAAAGGCUCCUCCUCCUGGAGGGCUGCCUAGGGCCACUUGCUGGAUUUAUCAUGAGAGAAGAGGAGAGAGAGAGAGACUGAGCGCUAGGAGAGUGUGUGUGUGUGUGUGUGUGUGUGUGUGUGUGUGUAGCGGGAGAUGCGGGCGGAGCAAGAGCAAAAGGACUGCGGCCUGAUGCAUGCUGGAAAUAGACACGCUUUUACAUUUCUGAUCAGUUGUACUUCAUCCUAUAUCAGCACAGCUGCCAUACUUCGACUUAUCAGGAUUCUGGCUGGUGGCCUGCGCGAGGGUGCAGUCUUACUUAAAAGACUUUCAGUUUAUUCUCACUGGUAUCAUCCCAGUGAACUUAAAGCAAAGACCUCUUAGUAAAAAAUAAAAAUAAAUAAAAAAUAAAAAUAAAAAAAGUUAAAUUUAUUUAUAGAAAUUCCAAAGGCAACAUUUUAUUUAUUUUAUAUAUUUAUUUAUUAUAUAGAGUUUAUUUUUAAUGAAACAUGUACAGGCCAGAUAGGCAUUUUGGAAGCUUUAGGCUCUGUAAGCAUUAAAUGGCAAAGUCUGCUAUGAACCUGUGGUAAAUUCAUGCAAGUAGAUAUAAAAGUGCAUGGAUAUGAGAAAUUCUAAUGACCCUAAUGUACUAAAGGCGACAAUCUCUUUUGUGCCCAUAUUAUUGUAAACUUAUGCACAUCGCUCAUGACACUGAGUAUUCACUCUUCAGACUGCUUGUUUCAUAGCUUAUCCCAGAGGAUUAAAGAUAAACUGGGUCUCAAACUUUGAUUCUGUGUCUGCAAUAUUUCCUCUCUCAUAAGUGACUCCACUAUUGUAACUUCAUGGUUGGAAAAUAUGAGGGUUGGUAUAUGUCUUACUUGUUUAAAUCUAUCGCAGAAUAUACCAAAGCUAAAUAAUAACUAUGCUUUUAUUUUAGCCGAUCUCCAGAAUGACAGUAUUAACAUCAAACAUUGUAUUGAUUUAGAAUUCUCAAAAAAGGAAAAAAAAGGACGUAGCACAGACUAUUUUUUUAAAGACGUAAGAACCAGAUUAACAGGAUCAUACUUGUAAACUUUUUUUGGUUCACUUGGCUAUCAAAUAUGAAAUUAUAGAAGUAUCAUAGGGGUCGUUGUAACAUCUUUUAGAGAAAAUGGCUAUCAGUGUGAACUGUCAUAAUUAUGUGGUAAUAGCACCCUUAGUAAAACUUGCAAAAUGAAACUAAUAAAUCGUUAUCAGUAAUGACAAUGAGGGGGAAAGUAUUAUACUUGUUGACUGUGUUUUGUUUUUUAAAAUGGUCUCCACAAACGCUCAAUUUUUUUAGAGGGGAUGUUACUAUAUAGAAUAUCUUUUACAAGGCUUUUAUAACAUUUUAUGCUGAAAAGCAUAAGAAUACGUAUUUCUUUAGUAGCAAUAAUUUUGGAACUUGCCCUUGGGCAAGCGAGACUAUUUCUUACUAUAUACUAAGGAGAAAAGAGCCAAAUUCUUAAAGCAAUAUUUAAGAAAAAAGGAAUUUAUAACAAAUUCUCAUCUACAUAUGACACUUUCUAGCCAGUUGUGUUGAGAAGUGGAAAGUGACAGUUUAAACAUGUGUUGGGAUUUAUGGAACUAAUUUUAAAAUUUACUAUUCAAACUUUGUUUUGCUCUGAUGCACAUUCUCUAUGAAAAAUAAAAGUGUGUCACUGGUGAGUGACAGCUGUUAUGAGCUAGAAGCGCAUGACUUCUUGUUGUGACGAUGUCUUGCCUUUCUGUGGUCCAAGUUGGAGUACAUGGCAAUGCCCUCCUGCUGAUGUGCAUUAAGGAAAAUCUAAGUCUAAUAUUUGGAAUUAAGAGAUAUUUUAGGGGGAGGGGACAGAAGCAAUGUAAAAUAGUUGAUUUAUGAUAAAGCUCAGAAUGUCCUCUUCAUUUAUUUUCUUGUUUUAUUUUCCUUUCUAAACAGAAACUGCAUUUAAUUCCAAAAAGUAGUAUUCUUAUUUAUUAUUUAACCCUUUGCUGCUGCUAAAAUGUGCACAUAUUCAGGCUUUAGUUUUUCCAAAAGGCAUUUUUUUUUUUUUUGGCUGAAAAAUGUUAAACAUUUGACCACAGGGAAGAAUCAAGUUUCUAGGAUGUCAUAGGUAUACUAUGUAGCACUGAAAAAAUUGAUUUUAGGUGACAGCCAAAAGUAGUCUUAAAGUAGCAUGAGACCUUAGAUAAUUGACCUAAAAGAAAGAAAAUUGUGAAAAAGACUAAAAUCUUUAUGCAUUCCUAUAAAAUGCUACUUUAAGGUCUACUUUUGGAAUUAAUUUUGUUUUGGUACUUUUUUUUUUUAAGACAAGCAAAUUGUUAUAUGCUUUUGGCAAUUGAUACAAUAAACUGUAAUGGUCUGUAAAUAAAUAAAUAUUGACUCAUGCGAUUUAUGUAAAUAGUCGAACUGGGAGAGUGGAUGGCUCAGGGUUUCGGCGUGGGCAUUGUCUGUUGGGCGGUAGAGUGAGUCAUCCCCAGCUCAUGGGUUUGCAUCCAGUUCUUGUCUUAAGAGACCCAAAGCCCGGUGAAUGGCAGCCCUGAGCCACUGUGGAAUGGGGGUUCUGGUUUCACAAACAGAUGCUUAGAUAGCCAAACCACUGUCUUGUUGGUGCCAACACUUGCACUGUGGUCAAAGAUUUACUGAGCAUGGGCUGAACAACCUUCCCAUCUGUCAUGCAAAUGUCCCCAAGCAGUGGUGAAGGACAUGCCAGGUCAGUUUUGGGGAACCUGCCCUGCCAGGUCCUGUUUUGUAGAUAAACAAAUGGCUGCCUUCUGGUGUUUCUAUUCUAUUUCAUCUCAUUAACACUACAACCUUGUGUUAUUUACUUGAUAAUCUGUAAUUGUAUGUAAAUACAUACAGGAUUAUGUAAUUUGUGUAAAUACAUAAUUACAGAGUUUUGAAAACUGGUAUUUUUUACUUGAUGUCCAUUUUGGAGCUGCUUCAGAUUCUGUACCUACAUGAGCCAAUGGAAUUUAAAAAGCAUAUUCUCCUUGCUCUUACAGCUGUGCUAUGUGUUGAGGGGUUGAGGGUUAUGGGGGAUGGAGGGGAAGGAACAAACAUAUCCAGAUGUGUUCUCUCUGUAAGUGUUCGAUGAAGAAGCAAGUAAUGUUCUGGGAGGAAGAUUUAUGAACUUGGAGCGAGGGAGGCUAAGUGUGUGUGCACAUUUACGUGAACGGGUGAAUGGACAAAGGCAUAUUGUUUGAGGUCAGAUUCUGUUUGCUGCCAUCACUUGACCUUGAAAUGUGCCAAAUUUAGAUCCACCAUUUGUGGUCACUUGCACG